AGAGAGAGAGGUUACCAUUGUUGCACAGCUGCAAGAAACCCUAGACCUGUGAGAGCUGUUUUGGAGAAGAUGAUAAAUAUAUAUGGUGAAUGAGGUGAAUGUGUGUGAGUUGAGAGGUUUAGGGUUGACUAAGUUGAAUCGUGCUGAGCGUCUAGACGGGCUUUAGCCCAGUUUCACUGAAAAUAAGGUGGAGGGAAAUGGGGAAAUGAAGCGAAAGGGACAAAGAUAAAGAGAAGAAGAGAAAUAGAGAGAGGAAGAGAAAAACCUCAAUGUUGAAGCGAAGCAAUGCGAGCAGCAGUGGCAAUGUAAUGAUGCGCGACAGUGGAAGAUCAAGGGUGAACGACGGUGGAAGACCGACGGUGACUGAAUGGCGAAUCAACGAUGGAUAGCAGGAAAAGAUCAAAAGAGGAGCAUAUGGGGUCAGUUAUCCCGAAUUCGGAAAUUUUUAGCAUUUCAGGACCAGUAUACCUGACAACUACUCUUGAUUGGGCAAACCCACACCACCGAAGAUCUGUUGCUGCUAGUUUCGUUAAGGCAGUGUACACGCUACAACGUGAUUGCCUAAUGAAACGUAAAGGGCCCCAAUCUCUUGCUGCUUCCUGGUUCGAAUCCUUUCAUUAUAAGUUAAUUGGUAAGUUGGUUGAUGAUCGCUCCAUCUUUGGUGCCAUUUUUGAGAACAAAUAUCCACCUUCCUACUAUAAUCAUUUAGUCCAAAAACCUCCAAGAUAUGUUGUAGCCUUUCGUGGUACACUUAUCGUAGGAGACAUCUGGUUAGAGGAUCUCAAGUUGAAUAGGCAGGUGUCUCUGAAUAUUCUUCAACAGAGCACUCGCUUUCAGACUGCAAUGCAAGAAGUGCAAGAAAUGGUUGAUAGAGUUGGAAAUGAAAACAUCUGGUUAGUUGGACACUCUUUGGGUUCAGCCAUAGCACUACUUGUUGGAAAGAACAUGGUCAAGCAACAUGGGAUACAAUUUGCAAAUAGUGUAGAAACUUAUUUGUUUAAUCCGCCAUUCCCAUUUGCCCCAAUAGAGCUAAUUGAAAAUGAAAACCUAAAGCAUGGGAUACGAAUCAUAAACAGUCUCGUUACAGCCGGAAUUGCUUUUUUAGUGAAUGGUCCUCAAAACAAUGACUCAUUUGAUGCAUUAUCCAGCUGGAACCCUCAUCUAUUUGUAAAUGAAUCCGACUUUAUUUGCUCAGGGUAUAUUGGGUAUUUUGAACACAGGCUGAAGAUGAUGGAGCUUGAUGCUGGAGAAAUUGAAAGGCUUGCAACACAAUAUUCAAUAAGGAGAUUAUUAUUAGAUGAGUUGGGAUGUGGUUCAGAACCGUUACAUCUCCUUCCUUCAGCAUAUCUGACUAUUAAUAGGAGUCCCUCAGACACUAUUUUGAGAGCACAUGGAAUCCAGCAAUGGUGGAAGCCAAAUAUUCAAUGUCAGUCUGAGCUACAUCAGUUCAGGCAAUUAACUGAUUUUUCUUCUGGGCAAAUGUUUUGUUGAGCACAUUAAUUGCAUAACUUGGUACAUGCCUCAAUGAUGGCUUAAUUCUUUUUUUGGUCCUUCAUUUUAUUCUUUGCUUUCUUCCUCUUGUAGGGUGCUUUGGCAAGUGUUUGUCGGUUGGCUUUCCUUUGUUUUAUUCAUUUCACAUUUUGGUUCAAACAAGAGCAUUUUCACA